AAUCUGCAAGGGAAGUCGGGCUGUGCAAGGGUGAUAACCCAGCUCCCACAUGGCUCUUGGGCAAUGAAAUGAGGACUUCCUUUCUCAGGCUCAGCUACUGAUUCUUCUUGGAAUCCGGACAGCACCUGCAACCUUCCUGGGAUCAGGUCCCUGUGGAGCCCCUCCUCCUCCCUACUCCGGGUUCCUCAGAUCCCUCUACAGUCCUUUCUGUGAUUCCUCUUUUCUCUCCCGUCUCCUCCUCGAGUCCCAUCUUUUCCAUCAAGUAUCACAUAUGGAGACUGCAAGGAACAAGCGGAUGUACCAGAGGAGGCCUGGGGCAAGCCAGAGGGCCUGAUGCACAACCCCAGCUGGCCGCCGCUGCCAGGUUGCCCUACUUAUCUGGACAGCCUUCACCUGCUUUGUGUGGAACUCCCUGCUUUUUAAAAUGUUAGCAACUAAUUCAAAUACUUUUGGCUAGAUCCAGAGACUGAAUCAAUCAAAAACCUGGUUUCCCUGUCCUUGAAGAAAUUUCAUUCAAAUCAUCACAGGACAUGAGGAAAAUAGUUAUAUUCCAGUCUUCUGGGGCAGCCAAAUACAGAAAGUGGAACAAAACCUGUAAACUUCCCUAUUAAAUAAGUUUUGAUUUUCCAGAAACUGCCAAAAAUUACUACCACCACCACCAUCACCACCAUCAUCAUCAUAAUUCUACCUUUGCAUGAUUCUGACCUUCAGAGCAUGCUUUUCUCCAGUGAAUUAAAAACUAGGACUUCUAGUUGAAAACUGGCAGUUUUAACUCAAUGGAAGAAAUACCACCACCAAAAAAGCACACAACCUUGCAGACACUGGCUGAACAUUCCUCCCCACUUUCCACUGAAAGCGGUCUCUCUUCCAGGCUUGCCAGGGACAAGGCCUCCACUGCCCAGCUCCGCAUCUCACCCCCAGCACUCAUCCCCCUCCCUGGGGUUCCCAAAGCACCUUUGCUAAGCUGCCUGUUCCCAAAUGAUUCGCCGUCUCUGCCUCUAAGACCUUCUCCUUCUCACCGGUAUCCUCUCCAGGGGCCAGCAGGUGGAGGCCCCUCUGUGUGACCCCUUGUCUGGGAUAAAAGAAGCUCUGGCCAGGGGCCGUGAAUUGGUUUUCUGGGUGCCAGGACCAUGCCAGAGGUCUGAUGGGGUCUUGCUGCAGAGCACACGCCACAAGGCUCCACCAACAGACACACACACUCCAGCAACACUCUCCAACCAAGAGACAGACCUCUCUGAUCUUUCUGGGAGUUUUCUGGGAGUCUUCUUGGAUUGCCUCCCAAACACUCCAGGGCAGCUGUCCAAGUCCCCAUGUACCGUAUGCUACUUCUUUAUACAGUUUUUUUCUCUUUAACAAAUGUUUCUUUCUGGACUCAGGCCAGUCCUGUUAGGCGUACAUGCCCAAGCACAUCUGCUCCUCCCCAAGUGCGGGGUGGGGCUUGGGACCAGCUAAAGGCCCCAAACAUCUGUGGGUAUUGUGUCGAACCAGCCCAGCCUUGCACCUGCAGAGGCAGACCGCUGCUGAAAGCCGUGUGACAGAAAGGGACAGAGGCUUGUACUGCAUCGGCAGAACCAAGGUACAUCCAGAAAGUGCUCCCUUACUUUGCUGCUUUCUCAAGAGUCCGCCGGCAGUCCUACCAGCCCAACCUCAGAGCUCAGCCAUGUUAAAGAGAGGCUUCCAGGUGGCGGGAAGACUUAGCCAGCACAGAGUCCUUCCUGGUGUCCCCCGGGUCCUGCCCAGACUCAACCUCACUUCAGCAUUCGGAUCCUCCACGGACUCCCUGGUCUCAAGAUUCUGUCUGGAGAAGACAGGUUUGAAGGAUUAUGCGGUUCCCAAUGCCAGCUGGUGUCCAGACAUGCUGAGCCUGUAUCACGAAUUGCAGGAGAAGACCAAGACUGAUGGCUGGGUCAAACUGCCCUCUUUCAAGUCCAACAGAGACCACAUCCAGGGGCUGAAGCUCCCAUUUGGGUUAUCAGUGGCCUCAGGCGAAAGGGACUGGCGUAUCUUCACCAGGUGCGUCCAAGGGGAAGGACAAGGCUACGAGUAUGUCAUUUUUUUCCACCCAUCCAAGAAGAAGUCCAUCUGUCUUUUCCAACCUGGCCCCUACCUGGAGGGGGCCCCAGGGUUUGCACAUGGAGGAUCCCUGGCUGCCAUGAUGGAUGAGACCUUCUCUAAAACUGCUUACCUGGCUGGAGAGGGACUGUUCACAGUAAGCCUCAACAUCAGGUUCAAAAAGUGUUUUCUUUCAGCUGCCGCUGGAAAAGGAAUCACCCCAGUAACAGUCACUAUGCCUUCCUGCUGCCUGCUCUGCCUAUUUGGGACCCACUACAGAGCAAGGAGGGGUCCCCAGGAAGUGAUUGGUGAGGUAAAGGAGAGGGUGCUUUCCUCUGAAUAAACAGAUUCCUGGCCUCA